CCCCCCUUCCCCCGCCCCUUUGGCCGUCACGGGUAACCCUCACAUGGGAGGUCUCGGCGAGCACUUACACUACUUGAAGCCCAUCACCGCCCUUGAACUCGGCCGUGUCUCGGUCGUGCGUCUACUUCUGCUUGCUUCCCUUCCGCACCACCCUCUUUUCUCUGCACGACCGUGCUGCCCAACCAGGCAGGGUCAUGCUACCGUAGAACGGUGGCAGCAAUAUUGGCCGUGAUUAGGUCGCCCGGUCACCUCCCUGCCGUGGCCAGCCCUCCCCACCUCAUCCGACCCGACGGGACUGACCGCAACACACACGAGUCGAGGGCCUCGACGGCUCUGCAGCAUCUGCAGCAUAAUUAUCAUACCUCCCCGGGGCCGCCUUGGCUCGUAAACUUGAGGGCGCUGGGCGCUAUCGGUCCUAGGUCCUGUUAAACAUCUUACUCACUCCUCAACCUUCUUUAAUAUUCUCUUAUUCCAUCUCCCGUAUGCUUCUCUUCUUUCUUCUCUUCACCAACUGAAACAUUUAAUCUCGACAACACAACCCACUGCCACCGCCAUGUUCGGCCUAACACUCAACACCUUGAUCAUGGCGCUGGCCUCGCCUCUCGCCGUCCAAGGCGUUCCCAUUGACACCACCGGCAUCGCGGCGCGUGCGUCCGCCCCGCUGGGCAACGGCGUGCCCCUGCGCAUCAUGCCACUGGGCGCGUCCAUCACGUUCGGCCUCAAGUCGAGCGACGGCAACGGGUACCGGGCCGCGCUCCGGGACAUGAUCGUCAACCCGCCCGCGGACAGCUACGGCGGCGGCGGCGGCGGCGCCGGGCAGGGGGCGGCGCGCAGGGACGAAAUGUUCAAGAGCGUGCGCGGCAAGAGCACCGCCCGCGUCUCGUCCGGCCCGAACAAGGUCAACAUGGUCGGAUCCCGGAAGGCCGGCACCAUGGUCGACAACGACGUCGAGGGCUGGUCAGGCUACCGCAUCGAGCAGGUCCACGACAAGGCCAUGGCGGCCGAGUCGGCGCCCAAGUACAAGCCCAACGUGGUGCUCGUCAACGCGGGCACCAACGACGCCGCGCAGAACUUCCAGGUCGCCACCGCGGGCGAGCGCAUGGAGGCCAUGCUCCGGGACCUCUGGGCCGUCUCGCCGCGCGCCGUCGUCGUGCUGAGCACCCUGCUCGUCAACCAGGACGAGGCGACGGAGCGCAACGUGGUCGCCAUCAACAAGCAGCUGCGCGCCCUCGUCGCCCGCCUGAGGGACGAGGAGAAGAAGAAGAUCGUCCUCGCCGAGAUGCACGGCCGCCGCGGCCCGCGCCUCGCCGACCUCGCCGACGGCACCCACCCCACCGACGAGGGCUACCGCAAGAUGGCUAACAUAUGGUACGCCAGCCUGCGCGUCGCCAGCGACCGGGGCUGGUUGCAAGCCCCAGAGCCGGUCCCGGGCGUGCCCGACGACGGAGCGGCGUAAAGGGCCUUGUCGUGUCGUGUCGUGGCUUAGGGAGAAGGCCGCGCCUUUUUUUCUUUUUUCUGUUUUCUUUGUCGUUUUUCGCGUUCUAUUCCUUCGUUUUGUUCUUUUUCUCCUUGCUUGCAUGGCGCGGGCGUUGUGGGCGUUUUGGGGGGCAUCACUCGAAGCCGGACAGGUUCUGGAUCUUUUCUUGUUUUUGGAUCCAUGACGACACGAUGUGGCACAUUCGCUUGUUGCAUUUGCUUUAAAUGCUUUGAGAGAUGGGCGAGACUCUCACGGGUAGCAUUCAUUAGACGGAUCAUCAUAGGGGAGGGAGGAAAGAACACGGUGGACACGGCGACAUCAGACUCGAUUCCACCGUGUGGUCCCUGGUGGUGUUGCAGUUAUGGCACUACUCAUGGACGGAAGAUGGCGAACAUGGGGACAUUACUCAUGAACGGGAGGUGGAGAAGGCGCGGCAUUAUACCCAACAGGAUGGCUCGAGCCAAAGAAAAACGAGGCAGAUCCAGUGUCUAGGCUUCUGAAUCUCAUCAUUUUAUGAAGU